AUGAAGUUCUCCAACUCCGUUGCCGUGACUCUCGCCACGGCGGGCUCCCUGGUGGCCGCCCACGGCCACGGCCACGCUCACUUCCACCAGCGCGCCGUCGAGACUGAGACCGAGACUGCCGUCACCCCCGGUCCUACCGUCUACGACUUCGUUGUCCUGGAUCCCAGCAAGUCUGGAUCCCCUGAGUCCAUCAGCGAGGAGGAGGCCUGCGCCCUUCUGGCCAAGCACGAGCUCGAGUGGCUGGGUUCCGCUAUCCCCAAUGCUUGCCCGUCCAGCACCAGCACCAGCACCCCCGUGAGCACUUCGACUCCCGCUCCCACCACUUCCACCGUCCCUGCCCAGGUCCUCCUGGAGACCUCCGCUACCAUCAUCCCCAGCACCUCCAGCAGCACCACGGUCCCCACCACCAGCGCUGUCAGCUCUACCAACUCCGCCGCUGCUCCUGGCUCCUCCAGCACUGCCACUGGUAUCGACGCUGAGUUCCCCGACGGACAGAUCGACUGUGGUACCUUCCCCUCAGACUACGGUGCCGUCGCCCUCAACUACCUCGGUCUCGGCGGUUACUCCGGUAUCCAGUACGUCACCAUCGCUGAGGCUGUGGUCAGCGAGAUCGUGACCGCCGUCACCGGUGAUGCCUGCACCAGCGGUGCCAUGUGCUCGUACGCUUGCCCUGCCGGUUACCAGAAGUCCCAGUGGCCCGACACCCAGGGCGCCACUGGCCAGUCUGUCGGUGGUCUUGAGUGCAAGAACGGCAAGCUCUACCUCACCAACUCCGAGUACAAGACUCUCUGCAUUGCCGGUACUGGUGGUGUCAACGUCCGCAACCAGCUCGACGACCAGGUCGCCGUUUGCCGUACCGACUACCCCGGUACCGACACCCUGACCUGCCCCAACGGUGCCACCUACUUCAAAUGGGAGGGCAAGACCACCUCCGCUCAGUACUACGUCAACAACAAGGGCGUUUCCACCGAGAAGGGUUGCCAGUGGGGUGAUGGCUCCGAGCCCAUCGGUAACUUCGCCCCCAUGAAUCUCGGUGUUGGCUACUCUUCCGGCGCCACCUGGUUGUCCAUGUUCAAGAACGAGCCUACCACUAGUGCCAACCUUGACUUCAAGAUCAAGCUUAUCGGUGAUGACCUGAGCGACAACUGCCGCUAUGACGGAGCCGGAAACUUCUACAACAACGCCGGCCUGAUCACCUCCGGCAACGGCUGCACUGCCAGCUCCUCCUCCGGCAACGCCUACUUCGUCUUCUACGAAUAA